AUGGCGGCCGCGUACAGGAGCGCCGUGGCCAGGGCCGGCUCCAAGUGGCUCUGCGACGACGAUGACGCCGCCUCGCGGCCGGCGCCCGAACUAGCCGGCUUCUGGGGCUGCGACGCUCACCGCGGCCAGGACUGCAAGCCGUGGAGCUACCCGUCGGCGCACGCGGACUCCGGGCGGCGAGCCGGCCCGGAGGCGGCGGCCUGUCCGGGCUUCCCGGCGCCGCCGCCGGCCGCCCCCAGCCCCGAGGGCGGCGGCGUGCCCCAGCUGCAGGUGCCCGGCCGCCGCACUCCGCUGUCCGCCAUGGGGCUGGGCGGCUUCUACCUGCCGCUGCGCGCCGCCUCGCCCGCCGCCGGCCCCUCCAGCGACGAGAACCGACCCGACUCCCGCGGCGCGGCGCUGCAGGGCUCCGCGCAGCAGCUCGCCAGGGGGCAGGCGGCGGCGCGCGGGCCCGGCGGCGGCAAGGCCAAGGCGCGCCAGGGCAAGACGGUGCGCCUCAACAUCAACGCGCGGGAGCGACGCCGCAUGCACGACCUCAACGACGCGCUGGACGAGCUGCGCAGCGUCAUCCCGUACGCGCACUCGCCGUCCGUGCGCAAGCUGUCCAAGAUAGCCACCUUGCUGCUCGCCAAGAACUACAUCAUGAUGCAGGCCAACGCGCUGGAGGAGCUGCGCCGGCUCAUCACCUACCUGCAGGCGCAGAUCGCCGCCGGCAUAGCGCCCACGCCCUACGACCUGCAGGCCUUCCCCGCCACGCCCACCGCCACCAAGCUGCAGCAGCAGAUGGACGCCUCGGGCGGCGGCGCCCCAACCGUCUCCUCGUGA